CUGAUUACAGGUAGAUGAUGCUAUUAAAAACUAAUAAUAAUAAAAGAAAGCACUUGCAGAAGACAAAUAAAAAUCUGCUUUUUUUGCAUAUACAUCAUCCAUGCUGUCUGAGGAAAAAUAACAGUUUCAAUAGGUCACUUCACCAUCAAAUCAUCUACCAAAUCCUUUAGCUGCCUAUGAUUUCUUUCUUCGCAGUAACCCAAUGAGCGGAUAGGUAAUAAAUAAUGAAGGGCAUAGCUUGAACAGAAAGAAGAAAAGAAAAGGAAACACCUUUCAUUAUCAUUUCUUCUAUACUCAGCAUAGUACUGUAUUUUCUCAGUAAGUUUUCUGUCGUUCUUUCUCUCUCCACUUCUAGUUCUGUUGAAAACUGACAGAGGAAGGCAAGAGAGAAAAAAAGUAGUUACUAAACAGAGGUUGUGAGAGUUUACAUAGAGUUAUUCUGGUGGGUAUUUAUGAUCUUUGCUUCUCAGAGACAUUACAUGAAGAUUCACCAUCUGGGUAUUGAAAAUGGAACCUUCACAGAAGCACCAUGUUGUUGUUGAUAUUGAUGAUGAUGAUGAUGAUGAUAAUGUAGAGAAAAGUAGUCAGCAUCAGCAGUCAGAUGAUGAAGAGCAAAAAAGCUCUACAAGUGAGUCUGGCUCUAGCAGUGAAAUUGUGAAGGAGAGCAGAUCCUCUGUGUCUGAGGUGGAUCUGGACUGUGAGGUGCCGGAGAUUAAGGUACAUUUGGCAAAGGUUGAAAGAGAUUGCAGGAUUUGUCAUCUGAGCUUCGAUGCUAGUAAUCAAGAUUCUGGUUUGCCUAUUGAGUUGGGUUGUUCGUGCAAAGAUGAUUUGGCUGCUGCUCACAAACAGUGUGCAGAAGCCUGGUUCAAGAUUAAGGGAAACAAAACCUGUGAGAUCUGUGGAUCAGUUGCAAGAAAUGUAGCUACUCCAAAUGAGGUUGAGAUGGUAGAGCAGUGGAAUGAAGUGAAUGAAAUUGCAGUAGCAACUGCAGCUCCAUCACUGCACACAGCUGACACCCGGAACUUCUGGCAAGGCCAUAGAUUCCUGAAUUUCUUACUAGCUUGUAUGGUGUUUGCCUUUGUCAUCUCUUGGCUCUUUCACUUCAAUGUACCUUCAUAAUUUUUAUGAUGAGCAUUGUAAUUUUUCUUGGAUUGAUGAUUGAUAAGAUGACAAGAACCUUAGCUCCUACCUUAUGCAGGUACCUUCUCUGUACCAAUUGCUGCUUAAUUAUGUCCUUAAUAAAUGUUUUUGUAUUAAAAAUGUUUUUGUAUUCUCCAAUCUUUAUGAUGUUUAUAUUUAGCAUAAGAGAUUAAUUAAA